AUGGCGUCAAUUACACCCGCAGUCGCCCCGGAGUUCAACUCUAGCAUCCCCAAUGGAGGUAAUCCACUGGAGAUCGACGUCAACCUGCCUUACACUGGCCUCGAGUUCCACUAUGUCUACCAGGUGAUCAUGGGAGCUCUCGUCUUCGUCAUUGUCCCCGGUAUCGGUCUGCUCUAUGGCGGCAUGGCGCGCAGGAAAUCUGCCCUGGCCAUGGUGUUCCAAUCCCUGACGGUGAUGGCUGUGUGCUCCUUCCAAUGGGCCUUUUGGGGCUUUUCCCUAGCCUUCUCCCGAACUGGCGGUCCUUUCAUUGGCGACCUGAAGAACUUUGGAAUGAUUGAUGUCAUGGCUGCGCCAUCCUGGGGUUCGGCUGUUAUCCCCGACAUUGUCUUCGCUUUCUACGAGUUGAUGUUCUGCGCCUGCGCGACCAUGAUCGUUGUCGGCGGUUCGUUCGAACGUGGCCGUGUCCUUCCGUCUAUCAUCUUCGGCUUCUGCUGGGCCACCCUGUGCUACUGCCCGAUCUCUUACUGGACCUGGAAUGCCAACGGCUGGCUGUUCACCUUUGGUGCUCUUGACUUCGCUGGUGGUGGCCCCGUCCACAUCUCCAGUGGUACGGCCGGUUUGGCCUACGCGCUUGUCCUCGGCAAACGAAGCCGAUAUGGCGAGAAGCACGUCUACAAGCCUCACAACGUCACCAUUGUAUUCCUCGGAACAGUCCUCAUCUGGUUCGGGUGGUUUGGCUUCAACGGCGGUUCGGCUCUGAAUGCCAGCAUCCGAGCCAUGAUGGCCGUCUGGAACACCAACCUGGCUGCGUCUACUGGGGUUGCUGGUUGGGUCCUGAUGGAUUACAUCAAGACCCGCAAAUUCUCGGUCAUUGGCGCUUGCGAGGGUGCUAUUGCUGGUCUGGUUGGUAUUACACCAGCAGCUGGUUACGUGUCUGUCUGGUGUGGAGCUGCCAUUGGUUUCAUUACCGCCAUUGUGGUCAACCUGUUCGAGCCCGUUAACAAGUGGCUCCACAUUGAUGAUGGCUUGGAAGUCUUCAAAUUGCACGGAAUCGGUGGCAUGUGUGGAGCAUUCCUCACCGGCAUCUUUGCCUCUGCUUCUGUCUCGUCUCUCGACGGCGUCACAAUCGCUCAAGGAGCCAUUGAUGGUCAUGGCAUCCAGGUCGCCAAGCAGCUGGCCGAGAUCGCUGCCAUUGCCUCGUGGUCCUUCGUCCUGUCCUACAUCAUGCUUACGAUCCUUAAAUAUAUCCCCGGCUUGCACCUGAGAGUGACAGAUGAGGUUGAAAUGAUUGGUCUGGAUCUCGACCAGUUCAACGACGAGCUGGUUGGCGAGUGGUCACUGUUCCAAGAUGAUGCCACCGUGCGUCGAAGCUCGAUUGCUCAUAUCAAUGCUCAGAUCACCCAGGGUAUCGCACCGGGCGGUUCAUCUACACCACAAACUGAGAGUAUCACUGGGGAAAAGGAGCCGGCCAAGGCUACCACCGAGGGGCAGCAGUGA